CAAGACAUUUUUCGCCAUAAGCCCAGGCAGCAUGGACCUCACUCUUCUGUGGGUACUUCUGCCCCUGGUCACCGUAGCCUGGGGCCACUACGGUGACUAUGGGUACCCGUACCAGCAGUAUCACGACUACAGCGAUGACGGGUGGGUGAAUCUGAACCGGCAGGGCUUCAGCUUCCAGUGUCCCCACGGGCAGGUGGUGGUGGCCGUGAGGAGUAUCUUCAACAAGAAGGAAGGUUCUGACAGACAGUGGAACUACGCCUGCAUGCCCACACCCCACACUCUCGGGGAACCCUCGGAGUGCUGGUGGGAGGAGAUCAACCGGGCUGGCAUGGAAUGGUACCAGACGUGCUCAAACAACGGCCUGGUGGCAGGGUUCCAGAGCCGCUACUUCGAGUCAGUGCUGGACCGGGAGUGGCAAUUUUACUGCUGUCGCUACAGCAAGAGGUGCCCAUAUUCCUGCUGGCUGACAACAGAAUAUCCAGGCCACUAUGGUGAGGAAAUGGACAUGGUUUCCUACAAUUAUGAUUACUACAUGCGAGGAGCAACAACUACUUUCUCUGCAGUGGAAAGGGAUCGCCAGUGGAAGUUCAUAAUGUGCCGGAUGACUGAUUACAACUGUGAAUUUGCAAGUGUUUAGAUUUGCUGCAUACCAAAUCUGGGUGGAGAGAUAAGGGCCAGAAGGGCCUGAGGGUGUCCACACGUGUUAGCAUCAGUUGGAAUGCCUGUGGCUAUUUCUGCUGCUCUCUUUCCUUCUCCCUGAGCCAGUAGCUGCAGCACCAGCUUCCUGGCCCUUUCUGACUCGUAUCACACUUAUAAUGAAACCCACAAGUAAACCAUGCUUCUCACUUU